CUGCAAAGAUACAAUUACAUGCUCCGCCGAAAACCACGCAAACAACUCUGAGGACAGUGACACAAACAACAGCCUCUGAAAGAUGAAGCUGUCGACAGGAGUUUGCCUGCUGAUAUCAGCUUCUCUUCUGGCUGUGAUGGCUGGACUGCUGUGGCCCUUUCACUCACCCAAAGAAUCAGUGGAGAUCAGUGAGCCAGUGAAGAGAACUUACAUCGGCUCCAUGAGAAUCGACAACCAGAGGUUCCUGCCGGAGUACGAAGAUCCCAGCAGCGCUCAGUUUGCUAACCUGUCUGCUCAGGUCGGCCAACAGCUGAAACUGAUUUACUCCAAAAACUCAGUGCUGGCCAAAUACUUCAACCACAACAGUAUCCAGGCCUUCAGUGAGGGUGACAGCGGUGAUGACAGCAUUGUGGUGUAUUACGAGUCAGAGUUUGAUGUCCCCGUCCCUCAGCAGACCUCGCUGGAUGAAGCCAUUGGAUCUGUGGAACCUCCCACGGGAAGUCAGUGGGAUCAGCAGGGACAAGGGCUGCAGAAACCCACAGACACUCUGAACAUCAGCAGCAUCACCGCACAAGCUAUGGAUCAGCGCUUGACCACGACCCCGUUAGCUGAGAGGAAGAUCUUCAACAUCCACGUCAGAAAUCCGGGUCAUGUGCAUUCUCCGGGAUUUCCAGGCUCUCUGUACCCUCCGAAUAUCAACAUGCAGUGGAGGCUCCGGGCCGACCCGGGCCACCGAGUCCGGCUCGAAUUUCACAAUCUGGUCCUGGAGAACAACUGUCAGCACGACUUCAUCAAAGUCUAUGAUUCACUGGCCCCCAUAGAGAAACACGCUCUGACAGAGCAGUGUGGAAACCCUCACCACUCACUGUCCUUCAUCUCCUCUGGAAACAUCAUGUUACUGACGUUUGUCACCAACAAGGAGAAAAACUUCCCCGGCUUCAGAGCAAAAUACUCCCAGAUUCCUCUGACUAACCAAAGUUGUGGCGGCGCACUGACUGGAGACAAAGGCCUUUUCUCUUCACCAUUUUUCCCCUCCAAUUACCCACCACAGACAUCGUGUGUCUGGAACAUUGAGGUUGCAAAGGAAAAGUUUGUGAAGGUUCGAUUCAAAAAGUUUUUUGUGGGAAGUCAAAGCAAACGGUGCCUCCAUGAUUAUGUUGACAUCAAUGGUGAAAGGCUGUGUGGCAGUGACUUAAAGAGAACAGUGAUCACCAUCAAAAGUAACAAGGUGACCAUUAAGUUUAACUCAGACUCCUCCUACGUCGACCAGGGUUUCACUGCUGAGUACGAGGCCUUCAACCGACCUGAUCCUUGUCCGGGAAGGUUCCAGUGCAGCAACAACCUCUGCAUCAGCAAGAGUCUGCAGUGUGACGGCAGGAACGACUGUGGAGACAACAGCGAUGAGCUCAACUGCACUUGUCCGGGAAGGUUUAAGUGCAGCAACAACCUCUGCAUCAGCAAGACUCUGCAGUGUGACGGCAGGAACGACUGUGGAGACAACAGUGAUGAGCUCAACUGCACUUGUCCGGGAAGGUUCCAUUGCAGCAGCAACCUCUGCAUCAGCAAGAGUCUGCAGUGUGACGGCAGGAACGACUGCGGAGACAACAGCGAUGAGCUCAACUGCACUGUUGUGUUGCAGCAGUGCUCAACGUUCAGCUUCCGCUGCAGGAACAGACACUGCAUCAAUAAACUGAACCCAGAGUGUGAUGGAGUGCAGGACUGUGUGGACGGCUCUGAUGAAGCGGACUGUGAGUGUGGGAGGAGUCUGUACCGGAACACUCGUAUUGUGGGAGGUGAGGCAUCUCGUGAGGGUGAGUGGCCCUGGCAGGUGAGCCUGCACUUCAAGGGGCUGGGACACCUGUGUGGAGCCUCUCUGCUGAGUGACCGCUGGCUGCUGACUGCUGCCCACUGUGUCCAAGACACCAGAAGACACAAGCUCUCUCAGGCUGACAAAUGGGAGGCUUUGCUGGGCUUCAACGUGCAGAAUGAGACCAAUGAGUGGACAGCAAAGAGGGGCGUGAAGCGGAUCAUCCCUCACUACUUCUACAACAAAUAUAACAAUGACAACGACAUCGCUCUGAUGGAGCUGGACGCCAGCGUCAACCUAACCCAGCACAUCAGUCCCAUCUGCCUGCCUUCCUCCACCUACUACUUCCCAUCAGGCCGAGACGCUUGGAUCACCGGGUGGGGGAGUACAAUGCUGGGAGGCGAUUCAGCCACCCUCCAGAAGGCGAAGGUUAAGGUCAUCAACAGUUGGUUUUGCGAUCUUUUCCUGAGUCACACAGUCACAGAUAACAUGCUGUGUGCCGGAGUCAUUUCAGGAGGCGUCGACACCUGUCAGGGUGACUCCGGUGGGCCUCUGUCUGUCGCCAACCCCAGUGGGCGCUUCUUCCUGGCAGGUGUGACAAGUUGGGGGAACGGCUGUGGUCUCAUGUACAGACCUGGCGUCUACACCCGAGUUACCAACUACCGCAGGUGGAUAAAAUACAAGAGUGGACUGUAGCAACAGGAAGGUGGGCAGGUUUUCUGGAUUACGGGAAUUUUUCUUGGAAAUGGAGCCAGAUGUUGGAAUUUUUAAACCUGUUUUUUUGUUUUGUUUUGUUUUAGUUUGCAAAUCAUAUUUCAUCAUACUAGCAGAAACUGAAUGUGACUGUAUUUUUUCUGUACUUCUCUGAAUUAUACCCAGUUAAAUGUCAGUUAAAAUGCAGAUAGUCUUAGUCUUUCAUUGAGGAGUCACUGAACGUAAUUUGGGAUUUUGCAGAAACAGCUGGCUGUGAGUCCUUCCUUUGCCCUCAAUAAAUACCUGCAGCCUCAUGC